AAGCAUUGCAUUUGCAAUUUUGUUUCGGAGAAAGCGAGAUGGUCGUUGGGGACAUUUCCACCAUCCAGCGUCCACCCUAGCCUCUUGGAGUUGGAGUUGGAGUUGGCGUUGGAGCACGGGAAUGAGUUGAAGUCUUAAAGAAAGAAACCGAAAAAGGAGAGGAAAAAGAUAUCAAAAGCAAAAGUGCCGAAACAGCUUUAGCUGAUUAGCUCCAGCAGUAACCGAGAAGAAAAUGCAAGAGAAGAGCAGCCAUUAAAGAAGGAGAAGAAGAGGAGGAAAUGAGAGAUUCACUUACAAUGGAGACAACCAAACGAAGCCCUGCAACAAUGCCUCCCCAUGACGGUAACUUGAAGUCACCGUCACCACUACUCCCCUUGGUUGUUUCUCUCAACUGCCUCGAGGACUGCAGCUUCGAACAAGAAACCCUGGCCGGCGUCGCAACUGUCGAACACGUCGGCCUUAACCGUCUUGCCGACGGUCGGAUCGAGGCCGCAGCCGCCGUUCUCCUGCACUCCCUUGUCCUCCUCCCACGCGCCGCCCAACGCCGACUCCAGCCAUGGCAACUCAUUCUUUGCCUGGGCUCCACCGACCGCUCGUCCGACUCCGCCCUCGCCGCCGAUCUCGGUCUUCACCUCGUCCAUGUUGAUGCCUCCCGUGCUGAAGAGAUCGCUGAUACCGUCAUGGCCCUCUUUCUUUGCCUGCUUCGCCGGACUCACUUACUUUCUCGGCAUGCCUUCUCUGCUUCAGGAUGGCUCGGUUCGGUCCAGCCGCUCUGUCGUGGGAUGCGGCGCUGUCGAGGGCUCGUACUUGGUAUUGUUGGUAGAUCCGCGUCCGCUAGGUCGUUAGCUACUAGGAGCUUGGCGUUUAAGAUGAGUGUGCUCUAUUUCGAUGUUCAUGAGGGAGCAGGAAAAUCAGGCAGGCCUUCUAUAACAUUUCCUCCAGCUGCCCGGAGAAUGGAUACACUCAAUGACUUACUUGCAGCUAGUGAUCUUAUUUCACUCCAUUGUGCACUAUCAAAUGAGACUGUUCAUAUCAUCAAUGCAGAAUGCUUGCAACAUAUUAAACCCGGGGCGUUUCUUGUGAAUACAGGUAGUAGUCAGCUGUUGGAUGAUUGUGCUCUGAAGAAACUUUUGAUAGAUGGUACCAUUGCUGGCUGUGCACUAGAUGGUGCUGAAGGGCCACAAUGGAUUGAAGCAUGGGUACGAGAGAUGCCAAAUGUCUUGAUUCUUCCCCAUAGUGCAGAUUAUAGUGAAGAAGUAUGGAUGGAGAUAAGGGAAAAAGUUAUUUCUAUGUUGCAGACAUUUUUCUGUGAUGGAAUUAUUCCAAAUAAUGCUAUAUCUGAUGAGGAAGAUGAAGUAAGUGAAGCAGGCUAUGAAGAUGAACAGUCUGAAAAACAAGACAAGGAGAGCGCUUUACAGAUUUGUGCUGGUGAGCAGAUGACAGGUGAUAUCCAGUUAAGUCCAGAAAACCACCAAAAAAAGGGGAUUUUCCAAUCGGGGGAAUCCAACAGCCAGCCUCAAGUUUCAGGGCCUUCAGGUUUGUCCCAGAAUACCAUCACUCAUUCUGAAGGAAGACAUAGUAGGUCUAGUAAGAAGGGUAAAAAGAGGCAUACUCGUCAUAAAUCCCAACAGAAGUCAGAUGAGCCUUCUGCAUUAGACAGAGACAGUAAUUCUACUUCACAGAGAGAUGGUACUGCCAUGAGUGGCACAGAUGAAGUGUUAAGUUCUAGAAGUAGGAAAACCCCAUCUGAAUCCAUGCCAAGAUCAACUUCUGAGAAGCAUCUAAAAUUGAACAUGAUGCCAAACGGAAAGUCUGUUCAACUACUUAAAGAUGGAUAUGUUAUAGCAUUACAUGCAAGAGAUUGUCCUACUUUUCAUGUGUCCAGACAAAGAGUCCCUGGUGGUGGGUGGUUCCUUGACACCAUAUCUAACGUGACAAAAAGGGAUCCUGCGGCACAAUUUCUUGUUGUCUUCAGAAGCAAGGAUACGAUUGGAUUGCGAUCUUUUGCUGCUGGUGGAAAAUUAUUGCAGAUAAAUAGAAAAAUGGAAUUUGUAUUUGCUAGUCACAGCUUUGAUGUUUGGGAGAGUUGGAUGUUGGAAGGCUCUUUAUUGGAGGAAUGUAGGCUUGUCAAUUGUAGGAAUCCACUGGCUGUUUUGGAUGUUCAGAUUGAGAUUCUUGCAGCUGUUGGUGAAGAAGAUGGAGUUGUUCGUUGGCUUGAAUAGUGUGGAUGUGAGAAAGAAUCCUAACAUAUUAUCUUGUGUUUCAUUCUUCGUUUUUGUUGCUUUUCCUGUUUCUUUCUCUAUGUUUAAAUCUUCCUGUUCAACAUGUAGAGCGUUCAAUAUUUAUCAAAAAAAAAUGUAGAGCGUUCAAUUUUGGUUAUGCUAAAGUAGGAUAAUCAACCGUGUUGGUAUUUAAUUGUUCUCUAAAAUCCAAAUGUCAACUUGAUGGCAUUUAGUUAAGAAAAUCUGAAAAAGGCACGGUCUGACGUGUAUUGACCUUUUCCUCC